UUAACAUCAUCUAUCUGAUUAUAUACAUGAAUAAAUAGUGUGUGAUCUUUAUUGUUAUUGGAUAAUACCCCACUUUUGCAUGUGAAACUUGGGACUUUCGCGUUAAGCGACACAAUGCUAUCUACUUCGGAUUUAGAAAGGCUAAUUGCAGUGAAAAGGCGUGAGAUAGAGACUGAAAAGACGCGACUGGGGCUGCCGACGCGACCAGACGAGAGCAACAAUAAAGAAAAUGCCGCACCAAAGUCAUCGAGCGGGGAAGUGAGCGAAGAAAGAGUAGAGCAGAAUGAGCAGGACAAGAAGGAGGGAGAGAGAGAGACUGAAGAGAUUCCGCCCGACCUAGAGAGAUAUAUAUGGCGCUACCUAGGCCUCCCCGUAAUGCUAAAAGCGGGUGAAUACUCCCCCAACAACCCCCUCAUACGGGCUGAGAGGCCGGCCGGCGACGCGUUACUCGGACUCGGGGAGUAUGAACGAAGAAGGAACACCCUCAGGAAGCUGCGCCAGCAGCAGUACAGGGAAUACCUCGACCAGCAAGCGAAAAAGAAGCAAGAAGAGAAGGAACAAGCGGAGCGAGAGAGAAGAGAGCGCGAGCAACGUGAGCGGGAGCGAGAAGAACGCGAACGAGAGAGGGAGAUAGAGCGACUAGAGCGGGACAGAGUCAAUCCGGAGCGGCCGCGAGCGUUCGUCAACACUGUGUUCAGUGCUACGCAGACUUUUACUAGCAAAGUAGACACCGGUGUGCAGACAACUGCGGCGGGCAGACCUCUGUCGGUGGCCGUACAGACGGACGACGCUGAAUUCUACAGGUUAUCGUCUCCGCCGUUAUGUCCGCUGACGCAGGCCGAGCGCGAGCUGUCGCCGCGCACGGUGGCGCCCGAGCGCCGCAGCCUGCCCGACCUCGAGCAGCCGGUAUGCCGUGCAGCGCGCGCGGGCGGGCCGCGCUACAAGCCGUCCUUCUUCGACGCUGACGCUGUGCAGCAGCGGAACGACAUGGCCGAGAAGGAAGCUGCGGCUAAGCGUCAGUAUUACCAGCAAGAGCUCAAGAACCAGAUACUUGAGCAGCAGCGUAUUCGGGAGGAGAGGAAGGCGAGAGAAAAGCUGUUGGAGGCGGCGGAGAUGCGGCGGCUGGAGGCGCAGCUCCGCAUGCUGCGCGGCGCUCAGGAGCUAGAGCUCAACAAGCACAACGCACAACAACACCAGAUGAAAGAAAACGCAACAGACUACGAAAAGAAGCGAACGGCGCUACAAAAAGAGAUAGAUUUAGAGCAACAGACGCUAUUACGCGCGCGCGCACACACGCACACCUCGCACAGCGACGGCCUGCCUUCCAAACCCUCCAAGAUACCCUUUUACUACCCCUCGGUUCACAAGUCCAAGGAGAAAAAACACUUCUCAACCAAUAUCCCUGACAAUUCAAUUUUUUCACCGAACUACGAUGUCGACAGCUAUCUGCGAAAAAACCUUAAUCCUUCCAAAGAAAUGCUCAGCCCUCGCCUAGACACCGCUAGCUCAGAAUGCCUCGCUUCCAAAUACCUCGGCCGGUACGACAGGGAAUCUAGGUUAACAGACAAAAACAGUGAAGAGGCUAGGUUAAGUAAAGGUAAGAUAGUAGUGGAAGCGCUAGUCCACGACCGUCCGAAAUACGAGCGUAAAGAAAACGAUAAUCCCAUACCAGUGUUAAGGCAUUCGCCGGUCAAUGUGAAUACUGUGCAGAAAAACACAGAUUUAAGUAAAGCGAUGCAAGUAGUAGACGAUAAGUGGAAAGUGCCUGUGGUUCAGAAGAACAUUCUGAAGAGUUUGCCAAAUGAGGAAGGUAAGAGUGUGAGUAUACUCACGCAGUUGGGGUCCAUUAGGAGGCAACUGCAACUAGAACAGUUGAAAUUGGAUAAAAUGCUGACGAAAGACAGCGCUUGAGGUGCUAAAUUAUGUUUACCAAGUGCAGAUUUUACUAA